AUGCCACGCAUACCGACAUCGCUCCUCCGCAAAGCACAUGCGAUAGAUUCUUUUCUGCCUGCCCUCUUCGCUCCAUGCCGUGAUCUCGAUGCUGCGCGCAAUGAGCUACGAUGGCUGCGCGAACAUGUUGAACAUGUGGCGAAGGCGCGCCGCGCGAGGGGAAAGACGGUAGCCAAAGGUCCUCUUCUGCAUCGACUAGUCAAAGAAAGAGCGUCUGGGAAGCCACUGCAGUAUUUAUUGGGUAGCGAGUACUUUGGCGACUUGGAGAUACGCUGCAAACCUGGCGUACUGAUCCCGAGAGCGGACACAGCAGCUUCAGUUACACAUCUCGCCGGUCUCCUCCAAAAUGCGCCAAAUCUCCCACCCGAACUCCGCGUCCUCGACCUCUGCACCGGCACCGGCUGUAUACCCCUCCUCUUCAAAUACCAGCUAUCCAGCGCGCGCAACGACAUAAGUCUCCGCCUCCUCGGCAUCGACAUCUCUCCCAAAGCCAUCGGGCUAGCCGCAAAAAACCUGAGGCGACUACAAAAACACGGACAGCUCAAUACCCAGGGGAACUUUGACUUUCUGCGUGCAAACGUAAUGAUCAACCCCUUUGUCGAGCAGACAGAAGGUAUCCCAUCUGUAAAAGCUGCACUAAACUAUGCACUGAUGCCAUCAUUUUGGGAUAUUCUCAUUUCAAAUCCGCCAUAUAUAUCGCCGUCGGAGUUUUGGAAGACUACUACCCGCUCGGUGCGUGGCUUUGAACCAAAACUCGCGCUUGUACCCCCGCUCAGACAACAACAGCAGACGGACGUGGACCGCGGUGACAUGUUCUAUCCCCGUCUACUGGAACUUGCGCGGGAAGUAGAGGCAAAAGUCGUACUGCUUGAGAUUGCAGAUAUGCAGCAAGCGCUGCGUGUCGCCCAGCAUGCACAAAAACUCCACAUUUUCGACGGUGUGGAAAUUUGGCGGGAGCAACCCAAUGCCACUGGACCUGUCGCAACUAGCGAAGACGGUUUCACGGUUGUUGGACAAGGCAAUGCUCGAUCGGUGCUUUGCUGGCGCGGUCUGGGUACAUCUUGGCUCGGCAAGUCUGGAACAAGCACUCCGGCCGAAGACGCAGUGCGUCUAUUCCAGAGCUCCUGGGGCGCAUUCCAACGUAAUGAUUAUCAACCCCAAACCGCUGCACCGGGUGAUGGUGAUUUGCGGUCUUUGGAGCCGCAGUUCGAUCUACAGGCGUCGUCUGGAUAUCGUAAAACUCCUUUUGAUCGGAGAGUCGCCAGGGCGGCCGAGCUGUUGGAAAAGAUGAAUAGGAAUGCUAGUAAAUUCAAAUGA